CCGCCGGAAGCGCCCUGCGAGGAAAUGGAACAGGUCGAGCCGGAGCAGCAGUGCGAGGCUGCCCGUCGGAGGCUGCAGGAGAUCGAGGACAGGAUCACCGAGGAAGAGGAGGAGGAGGAGGAGGAGGAGGAGGAGGAGGAGGGACUUGCAGGCCGGCCCGAGGGCCACCUGCCCACCCUGGUCCUUUCCCCUACGCUGCAAACCGGACUGAAACAGGACUACGAAGGAAUCUUGACCAAGAAAAUAAUUGAGUCCAUGAGCCGUCCAUCAAUGGAGCUGGUGCUUUGGAAGCCUCUCCCUGAAUUCCUCCCCGAAAAAGAAGGUUUGGCGUAUAUUAAGAGCUACAAGCCAUUGGUCACAGAAAGACGCCUUGGAAAGCUAGCAGCCCUGGAAGCUGCCUUUCCCUCACAGACAGACAAAUUCCUGACAGAGUCUCAGCCAGCAGAAAUGCCCUUGGCCCAGUUUGGGGCGGUUGGAUCUGGUGGGCCUGCGGAAGAAGAGAUGGAGUUGUAGAAGAAGGGAAAGAAGCAAGCUGGGCAAGCAGAGACACUGCACAGAUUGAAAGGUGCCAUUCUAUAGGAAUCAGGGGCUUAGUUAUAAAUCUAGGAUGUGGGGAAGGCACUUGGGGUUCCUGAAAAUAAGCUGGCUGGUCCUUUGUGUGCACCUUGUCAUCUUUUUACACAGUGAGAUGCCAAACCUUAUGUCCCAUCCUUUAUGCUCAGUAAGCCGUAAGCCUUGUUUUCUCGGAGCACCAGUAUAGAGUCUGGGUCUUUUUGAUUAAGAAACUUGAUUGUUUGUGACAACUACAACAUUCAUUUCUGCUGCAGCCAUUCAAAGUUCGAGCCGAGUAGGCAAACCGGAAGUUCCCCUGUUCUAGCUAUUGGCAAGAAAUGUCUAUUCAGGCAUGGGAAUUACAGAUCCUUCUUCACCAACUCCAGAUUAGUUGGCGGCAUUGACUUGCAGACUGUUGUAUGAACAGAGCAUGUGAACCGUUGAUCCAGGAGUGGUUCACAUUGGCAAAAGUCCUCUGUGCCCUGUGGUUCCUCCCUCAAGGAUCUCACUGAGGGAAAUAGAUCAUGGUUGUGGCAACCUAGCUGAGCACAGCUGUCGGUAGAUAAUGUGCCAGUUAAACAUCAGACUGCCUAAGCUGUCAGAUUAUGCACUUUUUAGCUUCUUGUGUGUUCAAGGAGCCAAUUGGCAGCUAGCGCUCUGAAAUUCUUGCAGCGCCACUGUAAAUGAAAAUUAUUGCAGGAAUUUUUAUGUAUAGGAAAUAGUUUUUCUAGGAAAAGCUCAAGCUUUACACACUGCCUGUGAGAAAACCAGGAAAGGCAACCUUGGUUGAUUUUUUUUCCUUGUGAAGGAAGUAGCUUGUGCAUCUUGGGUUCUGUUUUCAAUUUUCUGCAGAUUCUUUUUUGGUCCCAAAAUGUAUUGGCCUCCAUAGCUAAUAAUCUUUUUUUUAACUUGACAUUGGGCAGAUCUCAGCAAAUCUAUUCUGAUGUUUACAACUCAAUUCUUUAUAUUGCUACUUUGUGAAGUUGCCUCUGCUUUUAAGUAACCUUUUCAUUUAGCAAAAGCCUUUGUGCCUCUCUUCUGUUUGUUGAUUAGCAGGCCCACGUCUCUCUAAAAACUUGUAAUCUCAGUUAGGGAAGGAGCCAGACAGCCUUUCUAUGUGCUGAGAUCAGAAACCAGCACAUGCCGGGUGCCAGGGAGAGCCAAGCAAGCAUAGGAUGGGAAUUGGCUUUGCCUGUAUCCUACAAAAUCCAAGGAAUCCGAUUUUUUUUAUCAGAGCUGUUUCAGGUUAAUGUUGGUUAGAUUUUGCUCUGCUGUAAGAAAGGAUCAAAGGAUGUCUGUUCCUUCAGCUGUACAUAAAGUAACAUUCCCCAAUUGUUGGAUUGGCCUUGAAAUUACCCACUCUCACUCUCGGAGCAAUUUAAAAAAAAACUGCUUUUCAAAUAUAUACAAAAAUGUAAAUUUUUUGAGGGAUAGAUGGGCACCCAUUUGUUGAACAAGAAUUGCUUAAAGAUGGAAAUUCUGGGAGUGUUUUUGUUGGAUAGUUAAUAUAGAAACCAGCAACACUGCAUUGUGGUCUGCCAUUGGGCCAAGUCACAAUUUGUACGUCAAUAAACUUUUUAAAAAAAAAUUGUAAAAGGCUGUACAUUGCUAACAAGUACUAAACAUUUAUCACUACUUU